AUGGCUCUCAUCAUUCCCGAGAAGCUCGACUACAAGAGAAUAAGGAGGGGUGUUGUUGGCGAGCACGAUUUCAGUCAGGGGUGUGCAUGCUUCCGUUUCUACUCGAACUUGGCUGUGCCUGAAGCAACGCAUCCCGGAGAGAAGCCUCUAUCAUGGGGUUCGCAUGAUCGAUCCGCAAAGAAGGUUUUCUGGGUCUGGCACAAGGUUGACUUUUGUACUUCUGUGUAA